AUGGAUAUGUUGCUGAGAUGCCGAAUCAGGCCCUCAGCCUUCAAGGCGGUGGCUGGGAAAGGGCUGGUCUCCAUGCAGGGCCUGUCCUCAUCUAAGGGGCAGAAGCUGUCCAAGAGCAACGGGAGCCUGCACACGCUGCUGUCGCAGAGCAGCACGGCAGCCUCGCAGCACGGCCCGCUCCGCACCCACCUGCUCCACGCCAUCAGCCUGGAUGAAGCCUCCGACUCCAGCCACAACUCCAUCCAGAGCUUCCCUUCCUAUGGCUCCCGCCUCAAACCUGCCCAGAGCCAAUUCAGCGCCUCCAUGGGCCACAUCAACCACAUCGGAGGCUCCUUGGACAGGGUCUCCCGGAGCCCCAGGGACCCUCUGGCCCCUGAGAAGGCACCUCUGUCCUGCAAAAGCAUGGCCACGCUGAGCCGGCUGCAGAGCCCCGGGGAGCCCCCACCACCCUACGAGUUCACCUACUCGCUGGAGGAUGCUGUGAAGCAGCUGGAGGACCGGCUGCAGGAGACAGGAGGAGAGCUGCGGCAGCUCAAGAGGAGCCUUAGUGAGACUGAAGACCCUUUCACACAGGUGUUUGAGGACAAGCAGCGGCUGUGGCUGGAUGAGCUGGAGGACCUGAAGCAGAUGUACGUGGCCCGGCUGCAGCAGGUGACACAGCAGGCGCAGCGCGGGCAGCGGGCGCUGCAGCUGCAGCUCUGCAAAGCACAGCAGGAGAAGAAGCGGCUGCAGGAGGAGCUGAGUAUGCAGCAGUGCCAGUGUGAGGAGAACAAGCUCCGGCAGACCCAGGGCGAGCGCGUCAGCCCCAAGCUGGAGGAGACCAAGUGGGAGGUGUGCCAGAAGGCAGCAGAGAUCUCUCUGCUGAAGCAGCAGCUCCGGGACACCCAGGAGGAGAUGGCUCAGAAGCUGGGUGAGAUCUUCAGCCUGAAGACGCAGCUGCGGGAGGCCAAGGCAGAGGUCCAGGCCAGGGACUCCCAGCUGGCACAACUGGCAGACUCCUUCCAGAGCCCCCCAGAGCCCAGUGCCCCGCUGCUGCUGGGUGACGACCCCAUGCCAGUGUGCCAGGACUUUCCUGGCUGUGAAACUGAUGACUCCAAGUGCCGAGGCCUUCACAGCGACACGGCGGAGCCCCUGGAGCGGCAAGUGGAGUGGCUGUGGGCAGAGCUGCUGCGGGAGCGGCGCCAGGGCCAGCUGCAGGCUGUGAACUUUGAGCUGGAGAGGAAAACCUGGCAGGAAGAGAAGGAGAAGGUGCUGCGGUACCAGCGGGAGCUCCAGGCCAGCUACAUGGAGAUGUACCACCGGAGCCAGGCGCUGGAGCGGGAGCUGCGGCAGCUGCGCUCAGAGCCCAGGGACGUCGGUGCCGACUCCCCGUGGAUUGAGCGGGUGGAGUCCUCCAAGAUCUGA